GUUUCCUUGCACCUCAUCCCAAUAGCACUUCUUGAUGAAAGUGCAGUAAUUUCUGUACUACCGGUUUCUUCGUUUACUGCUUUUGAUUUUCCGGCAUUCUGACUCAACACUCCACACGCUUCUCUCUCAAAACUCUUGAUUACUCGGAGGAAGUAAUCACGUUUCUCCUACAACUCUCUCAAUCUCUCUAGCUACUCUCAAUUACUUCUCAUAGUCUUCGGCGCUCUUACCGACUACCUCAAUUUCCACUACUCUUCUUUUCUCAGUGUUCAGACUAGACCAAAGCCAUGCCUGUGGGAGAGGUCUUUCUCUCUGCGGCCCUUCAGGUGCUGUUUGACAGAUUGGUGCGCGGUGGGCUGCGGUUUGCACUUCAAGAGGGCGUACGUUCGAAGAUAGGAAAGUGGGAGCAAAAGUUGAAGAUGAUUGGGGCAGUGCUCAGUGAUGCAGAGGAGAAGCAACUGACGGAGAAAGCUGUGAAAAUGUGGCUGGAAGAUUUACAAGACUUGGCUUAUGAUGUUGAGGACAUUCUGGAUGAAUUUGCAACUGAAGCUUUUCGGUGCAGAUUAAUAGCAGAUCGUCUUCCUUGCUCUGUCCCAACUUGUUUCACUUCCUUGAGCCCAACUGCUAUUAAGUUCAAAGUGAGUAUGAGGUCCAAGAUAAAAGAUAUCGACAUUAGGUUGGAAGAACUGAGUAAAACAAAAGAUCAGCUUGGGUUGAUCAAAGCAAAUUGUGCAGGCCUAUCAACUGCUGCAGUCUCAAGACCAACUGAUACGACUUCACUAACCAAAUCUUCUUUUUUUGGUAGAGAUGAUGAUAAAGCUAAAAUACUUGAAAUGCUGUUAAGGGAUAAACCAAUUGAUGACAAGUGUCAUGUGAUAGCCAUUGUUGGCAUGGGAGGAAUUGGCAAAACAACACUUGCUCAGGAGGUGUACAAUCACGAAGCGGUGGAAGAUUUCAACCUAAAAGCAUGGAUUUAUGUUUCUGACGACUUUGAUGUUUUGAGAAUCUCAAAAGCAAUUUUUGAGUCAAUUACUCGCUCCUCCUGCAAUCUGACUAAUUUAGAUACUAUCCAGGCUGAAUUGAGAGAGCUUGUACGAGACAGAAAAUUCUUACUUGUCUUAGAUGACGUUUGGAGUGCGGGUUAUGACAAGUGGGAAUCCUUGAAAUCUCCUUUUAUCGCUGGAGCACAAAAGGGUAGGAUAAUUGUGACAGCACGUGACCUUAAAGUUGCAUCAAGGAUCCCUGGAUCCACCAAAAUUCAUGAAUUAGCACUCCUAGCAGACCGGGAUUGUUGGUCCGUGUUCAUUGAGCAUGCAUUCAAGCAUAUAAUUACUGAUGCAGAUUCAAAUCUGAUGUCAGUUCGUGAGAAAGUUAUUGCAAAGUGUGGAGGCUUGCCCUUAGCUGCAAAAACUCUUGGUGGCCUGCUCUCUCGUCAAAGGGAGAACGAGUGGGAAGAGAUACUGAACAAAGAAAUCUGGAAUGAAUCAUAUGAAAAUGAUGAAAUUCUGCCCGUAUUAAGAUUAAGCUAUUACCAUCUUCCUUGGCAUUUAAAAAGGUGCUUUGCUUAUUGUGCUAUUUUUCCAAAGAACUUUGACUUCGUGGAGAAACAACUUGUGUCUUUAUGGAUGACAGAAGGUCUUAUUCAGGCAACAGAAAACAAUAAACAAUUGGAAGAAAUAGGUGGUGAGUAUUUUCGAGAUCUAUUGUCAAUAUCCCUUUUUCAAAAGUCAAGUAGAGAUAACACUAAAUUUGCGAUGCAUGAUCUGGUCCAUGAUCUAACCCAAUGGGUUAGUAAAAGGACAUAUUUAGAGUUGAAAGAUGAAUUGGGAUCCCAGGAGCAAUACAUCAGAACAGCUCGCCAUUCUUCUUAUAUUUCUGGUAAUUAUGAUGGCAAGAAAAAAUUUGAAGUCUUCCGUAAAGUUAAGCGCUUGAGGACAUUCUUGCCGAUGCGACUAUAUGAAGAUGGUACUCGUUACAUAACUUCUUUGUUUCUUUAUGAUUUGAUGCCGAAGUUAAAAAAAUUGAGAGUGCUAUCUCUAGCAACAUAUUACAUCACUGAGCUACCAGAUUCAUUUGGAGGCUUGAUACAUUUGAGGUACCUCAACCUUUCUCAAACUAAGAUUAGAUAUUUACCUGAGUCAACAAGUUCGUUGUACAACUUGCAAAUUUUGUUACUAGCAGAUUGUUGCUAUCUCUUGAAGCUACCUUCCAUGAUGAAGAAUUUGAUCAAUCUACGCCAUCUUGAUAUAUCAGGUGCAAAUUUAAUAUCAGAGAUGCCUUUAGGAAUGAAAGAUUUGACAUGCCUCCAAAGAUUAUCUAAUUUUAUUGUGGGGAAAGAUAUUGGAUCUGAUUUAGAAGAUUUAAAGUGUUUAAAGGAUCUCCGUGAAAAGCUUUGUAUCUCAAAGCUAGAGAAUUCACAGCAUCCAACAACAUUCAUAUUGAGAGAUAUGCGUCACCUAAAAGUUUUGGUGCUAGAAUGGAGUCCUCAACUUGAUCAUCCACGAGAUAUUGCAGAAGAAGAAAGGGUACUUGACUGGCUGCAACCUCACGAAAAUCUGGAAGAACUCACGAUCAAAUGCUAUGGUGGUACAGAAUUUCCACCUUGGGCUGGGAAUCCCUCGUUACACUCAAAACCAAUGGUACUAAGGGUCCUAAGGUUGGAGAAUUGUAAAAAUUGCACUUCUUUGCCUUCAUUGGGGUUAUUUACAUCACUAGAAGAACUCAUCAUCAAAAACAUGACAGCAAUAAAAAGGAUUGGUUCUGAGAUAUAUGGGGAGGGUUGCUUUCAAUCAUUGGUGAAUCUUUGUUUUGAAGGUAUGGAAGAAUGGGAACAUUGGGAUCCUAUUGGCGAAUAUGAGCCUGUUGAAAGAUUCCCUUGUCUUCGAAAGCUUUCCAUCAAAAACUGCCCCAAACUCUGUGGAGCACCAUUUAAUCAUCUUCAGUCAUUAGAGAAACUGGUGGUUUAUAAAUGUGGGCAGUUGGUGGUUUCCUUCUCAAGCUUUCCAAGGCUGUGCGAAUUAGAAAUAGAUGGCUGCAAAAAGAUGGCGUGCAGUAGUCUAACUGAUUCCGGAUCACUGAAGUCUAUGACUCUUUCAGAUUUUUCCGGGUAUGGAAAUUGGUUAAGACAAGAGCCAUCUAUCCUGACCUCCCUCCAAGAGCUAUAUAUUCGAAAUUGUGAGGCUUUAACAUCCUUACCUGAAGGCCUGGAAAAAUUUUCUCAUCUUGAAUGCUUAGAAAUCAAAGAUUGUGAUUUUCUAACAUCCAUUGUCAGAGACCAGUUUCCUUCUUCACUAAGAAGAUUCUCAGUAUUAGAUUGUGAGAAUCUGCAAUCUCUGUUCGAUGGUAGAGAGGGGUCUCCUUCUUCAGCGAGUAAUGAAUCCAAACUUGAACAUUUGUCCAUCUCCAACUGCCCAGCUCUUGAAUGGGUAUCAUUGGGAGAGCAAUCAUUUUCAGCACUCAAAUUCCUUGAGAUUUGGAAUUGUCCAAAGCUCACAUCAAUAUCACCAAGAGGUGAGUUACCUGCAGUAGUCAAACAUCUUCAGAUUCGGAAAUGCUCAGAACUCACAACCUUGGUAAGAGACAAGUUACCGGAGACACUUGAGUACCUGCAAAUUGACAGGUGUCAAAAGCUAGAGUCAAUAGCAGGAAGGUUUCAUAAUAACCUGUCUCUUCGUUUUAUUCGGAUCUCAAAUUGCAAGAAACUUCAAUCCUUACCUGAUGGUUUACACAAUCUUAGCGGUCUUCAUGGGAUUGAUAUAAAUGAUUGUCUGAGUCUUGUUGGCCUCCCACAAGGAGGGCUUCCAACCUCCAUUUCCAGUGUUUCAAUUUGUAAGUGUGCGAAACUUGAAGCCUUACACAGCAGCAUGAACAAGCUCAACUCUAUUCAGGAAUUGACCAUUCAAGAAUGUCCAAGCAUCCCAUCAUGUCCAGCCGAAGGUUUUCCCAUCAACCUAACAUCUCUCUCGAUUGAGGAUCAGAAUAUCCGUGAAUCAUCACUUCUUGGGUGGAGGUUGCCGAGGCUGAGAUGUCUUAAAAAUCUUUCUAUUCUUGGAUGCUCAGAUGCUGUUUCUUUUCCGCCAGAAAAUAUGCUACUGCCUGCUUCUUUAACUAUGCUGAAAAUUCAAAAAUUCCAGAAACUGAAACACCUAUCUUCCCAAGGUUUCCAAAGUCUCACGGCUCUCGAACAUUUGUUGAUAGGAGAAUGCCCAAAUCUCACAUCCCUUCCAGAGGAGGGUCUGCCACCUUCACUUUUACGAUUACGUAUUUUUGGUUGUUAUAAGCUGGAAAAACAGUGCAAGAGGGGAAAAGGAAAAGAGUGGUCUAAGAUAGCUCACAUUCCUUGUGUUGAGAUUGAUCACAAAUUCAUUUACGAGGAAUAAGCUCAAUUUGAUGUCAAGAACAAUGAAAGUUAAUAGAACCAGAGAAUUGCCACAUUCUUUCUUUGUACUCUA